AUCCCAGAUCCAUUCCCAUUCGUUUGAAAAGAUCCCAAUUCUUCAUUCAUCCGUUUUGUUACAGAUCAAGGAUGGAUUUCAUGAAGGUGAUCGAUCAAACAGUCCGUGAGAUAAAGAGGGAGGUGAAUUUGAAAGUCUUGAAGGUUCCUGAGAUUGAACAGAAGGUAUUAGAUGCAACUGAUGAUGAACCUUGGGGUCCACAUGUGAAGGAGAUGAUUGUUGGCUCACUUGAUAUGUAUUCCAGCUCUGAAUGUCAGAUGGUUAUGAACGUUUUGUGGACUAGAUUAACUGAAACUGACCGCAAUUGGCGUCAUGUGUACAAGGCAUUAGCUGUGAUAGAGUAUUUGGUGGCAAAUGGCUCUGAACGGGCAGUUGAUGACAUUAUAGAACACACUUUCCAGAUCUCUUCGCUCUCAUGCUUCGAAUAUGUUGAACCAAAUGGAAAAGACAGUGGAAUUAAUGUGAGGAAAAAAGUUGAGAACAUAGUGUCUCUGCUGAACGAUAAAGAUAAGAUACAGGCAGCUAGAAACAAAGCUGCUGCAAACCGUGAUAAGUACGUUGGAUUAUCAUCAACUGGAAUAACAUUUAAGUCAGGGUCGGCAGCCUCGCUGAGCAGCAGUAGCUUUCAGAGAAGUGAUCGCUAUGGUGGGUUUGGUAGCUCAAGAGAUGGUGAAACGUUCAAAGAUAGUUUUAAGGAGAGGGAGGUAUCAAGUGAAGAUAGGUUUGAACCAGGUAAAUAUAAGCCACGCCGAGAAGGUAGUAGCACUAACUCAGGGAGCAUCUCAAAGAAAGGGUCGUCUCGUUAUGGAAGCACCAUUCAAGACUCUUCAGCUACUGGUGCAUCAAAACCAUCAAUAAAGAGUGCUUCUGAAAAGUAUUCAACAAUUCCAGCACAAAGCUCAAGUGCACCUUCAAAUAACAAUGAAGAUGAUUUUGAUGAUUUUGAUCCUCGAGGAACAUCAAAUGCAAAGCCAGCUACUGGAACCUCUCCACAAGUGGAUUUGUUUGGACAAAGUUUGUUUGGUGACCUUCUGGAUGCACCAGCAUCUGGCCCCACAGAGAAGUCCCAUGGAAAUAAUCAGUCAGAAGAGGUUGAUUUGUUCGCUGAUGCUGAUUUCGUAUCAGCACCAUCACAUGUGACAGGGGGAACAUCGGGAUCUGAGAAUAAAGUUGAUUUGUUUGCUUCUCCACCUGCAAGUUCUGCUGUUUCUCCAGCUGUAGACUUUUUUGCGGCUCCUGAACAAGUAGUGGAACCUGAGAUCAAGCCUUCAGAACCUGACGCAUUCUCAACCAAACCAGUUGAUCCGUUUGCUGCUGUUCCAAUGACCAAUUUUGAUAAUUCCGACUUUUUUGGUUCAUUUUCUUCUCAUACUGAUUCAGUAUCUACAGAGCCCACACAGAGCUUCGUGGACGGUGGCAGGUCAAACAACGAAAACCACUUAACUCGUGCUGCAUCUACACCUCCAAUAAAGAAGGAUAGUUUUCAAGUGAAAUCUGGAGUUUGGGCUGAUUCGUUGAGCCGUGGACUAAUUGAUCUCAACAUAUCUGGACCCAAGAAGGUCGAUCUGACGGAUGUUGGAAUUGUGGGUGGUCUGUCUGUUGGACCUGAGGAGAAAGACAAGGGACUUCCAAAUUCUUUGUACAUGGGUAGAGCUAUGGGUACAGGAUCUGGGAUCGGUAAAUCCACUAGUUUCACAACAGCUACAACAGCAACAGAUAUGGACGACUUCUUCUCUAGCCUUAGUGGAGGCCAUAACAAUCAAUUUGGCUCCUACCAAAGGUAAAAUUUUCGCAUAUCCAAUUUCUAUUAAAAUAUUUGUGAUUCGAGUGUACGAUGGUUUGGUAAAGUUUACAGAGGGUCCAUCAAUUCUUGGGUGUAUUUCGAUAGUACUUUGUAUUGUGUCUGACUUGCUGAAUACUAUGUUGAUUCGCGCAUCUGGUUUGUCAUCGUAUACUAUCUCAUAGGGUGAUGUUUUUGUACCAUCGCUGAUUAAUACGAUAAAACGAAACCUCGUAUUAUAGAGAUACGAUAGAUAUAA